AGAUAGCAAGAGGGGGGUGCCUGCUCAAGACUACUGACAUCAAUUUAUGAAUUCAUGGCAAAAUACUUGAACAAAACUAGGUAGUACAGUACAUUUUAAAGUGUAUCUUGUUCAAUCAUCUUUGUCUUGGAACCUCUCUCUACAUUGUUCAUUAUAUAUAUUGAGUGCCACGAGGGUGCUCUACGUAUUAAAUUCAUCAGCAAUGCCGGGCCCUGUUAUGCCUGUAGAUAUUGCUAUGCGGAUGUACAUCACACACUCUCCACCUCUCCGGAGCUUCCUCAGCUCCUAUGAGAACUUGAGGGUCAAGAACCGGGAAAACCACUACAAGCCCCUCCGGCCCUGCAUUAGCUCCCAAAGGCCCUUGGAGGCCCAGAAGAGCCCCAAGAUCACCAUAAAGAUCCCCAAGGGCAAGAAGAGAGUGGUCUUCGCCGACUCCAAAGGCAUGUCCCUCACAGCCAUCCACGUCUUUUCAAAGUUUGAUGAAAAGCCCAUGCUGUCCGACUUACAAUUUGACCUUACAGACCUGGAGAAUGACACCAUGGAGCUGAAGAUCAGCACCAUGCGAAGCCUGGCACUGGACUUCCCCCAACCCGCUGCAGACUAUCUGGCCUUCCGGAACCGGCUGUUGAAGAACUCUGUGUGCCUGGAAAACUGCACACUGAAGGAGAGGUCACUCACAGGCACUGUGAAAGUCCGAAACCUUGGCUUUGAGAAAUCUGUCCAGGUCCGGUUGACCGUUGACUCAUGGAAAACCCACAAAGACAUUGACUGCACCUUCAUUAACAGUGUCUACAGCUGCCAGGACACAGACACAUUCACCUUUGUCUUUGAACUGCCCAGUUACGUGCCUCCUUAUAAUAGAGUCGAAUUUUGCAUAUACUUCAAGAGCAAAGACCAGGUUUUCUGGGACAAUUAUGAUGGGGAAAACUACAUGCUCAAACCCAUUGGGUGGAAUGGAGAGGAUGUGCAAACACUGGCCAAAAACAUUGUUGAGCGUAAGAAACCAGCAGAGCACAAGAACGGCAAUAAACUACUGGAGAUGGAGUUUGACCAGUUUGGAAGUCCCCGUUUAUUAAGUGGACUCUUUCCUGGGUGGCAAAGCUGGGGCAGAAUUGAGAAUGGUGCUAACUACUGGUGAAAUUAGGAAAGACUUUCAUCUGGCGUGAAACAGCAACUGAAGAGGUAUAACAGGGAUGGACUUCGAUGGAGCAGGGUGAUAUAGAUGUAGGAUCUUAAUUAGAGCCAGUUUGCUACAGCAGGAAACUAAUCCUGCAGCAACAGGAAAUGUGAAU